AUGCCAGCCAUGCAGCGCAGGUUCCAGGAUCGGCUCGCCGCCCAGGUCCAGACCAGAAAGACCAACGAUGGCGCCGUCAUCGAGAACCCACUGGCGUACAUGACGGACCAGGAGCUGGAAGAGGAUGUCAAGGAAUUCGCCGAGAGGAAGCUGCCGAUGGUUCCCUACGAGCAGAUCUUGCGGGCCGCGAGGGUGGCCAAGGACAUACGCAUGUACGACGAAAUCGCGCGACGGCCGGGCUUCGACACACGCAACAGGCUCCCCGUCAUCCUCACCGACGAGGAGAAGACUGCGCUACGACGAGAACGAGACGUCACCUUUAGCGAACGAGGAAUGUGGACCGUCAUUGCUACGGUUUCUCUGGCAGCAUUGUUGCAGGGCUUUGUGCAGUCUUCAUGGAACGGCGCCGCGUUGUAUGACAACGAGUGGGGGCUCACGACGACCGAGGCCGACAACCGUAGCGAAUCUGAUGACUGGCGCCUCGGGGCAGCGAGUGCAUCUCCAUGGUUUGUCGCUGCCCUCGUCGGCUGUCCCCUAUCCCUGCCCAUAAAUUACUGGUUCGGCAGGAGAGGUGGGAUCAGCAUCGCGGCGGCCCUGAUCUUCUGUAGCUCGAUUGGAGCCGUGUUUGCGAGGACGUGGAUCGACUUGAUGUGCGUGCGCAUCAUCAACGGGCUUGGGAUGGGUAUCAAGGCUGUGAGCACCCCGAUUCUGGCCUCGGAGACUGCUGUCGGCUUCUGGCGUGGCUCUGCGAUCCUCGCGUGGCAGCUCUGGGUCGCAUUCGGCAUCAUGACGAGCUUCGGCUUCAACAUGAUCUUCACAACCGCAUCGAGCCCUCGCAUCGUCUUUGGCCUUAUUAACGGGGCGCCCAUGGUGCCCAGCCUAGCCCUCUUCAUCAUGGCCGUCUGGGUCUGCCCCGAGUCACCCCGCUACCACCUCAUGCGAGGGCCCAACUACAACGUCGAGAAGGCAUACCGCAUCCUGCAGCGCGUCCGAAACACAGAGCUGCAAGCGCUGCGCGACCUGUAUGUCGUGCAUAAGGCGCUCGACCUCGAGAACGUCGGCUUCGGCGAUUUGGACGACAACGCCGCGCUGUCACCGGGCUUCUUCUGGGUGAUCCGAGACUUUUUCACGCAGUACAAGCAGCUUUUCCAGCAGCGCCGGUUGUACAAUGCGGUGAUUUCGACGGGAACGGUCAAUCUGGCACAGCAGCUCUGUGGAGUCAACGUGUGCGCAUUCUACUCUGGCACUCUGUUCAGCCGUGUCGGCAAACAGUCCAUCCUGAUUGAGAUGGCGUACAGCCUUGGAUUUGGUCAGUAG